AUGGCCGCGCCCCUGCGCAACACUCUGACCGGCCCGCUGCCCCGGUCCUUGCCCGGCGCUUCAGUCCGCCGCAUCACCAGCUUCGGCCCAGCGAAUGCCCCGGCACAGGCCGUUGCGCGGCCACCCGCAGAGGCGGUCCCUGAACAGCAGCCGCUGCCUGAUGCUCUGCUGCUGCGGAGGGUGAAGUCCGAGACUCGAAGUAGCCUGCCGAGGACCUACUUUGAGAGUACUGGCGCUGUGCGAGGCCGAGGAGACCAGCCGCCGGAUCCCAACAAGACAAAACUGGGAAGAACUCUCCGGAUCCUCCAAGAACACCUCCCGACGCUCCUCCAGUCCCCCCUCCCGCAGGACAUCCUCGCCCCCAACAUCUCCCUCCGCCUCUUCCCGUCGACGCACCCGCACCUCCCCGCCGUCUCCGGCCGCGUCGCCUACACCGCCGCCCUCUGGACCUCCCCCAUCGCCUGGAACCGCGUGCCCAUCAUCGGCAACGUCCAGCUCGAGAUCCUCGCCGAGCGCGUCACCUCGGAGCCCCUCACCUUCCUGCCCCGCCGGCCCGGCGCCAUCCCGGAGCAGCUCGUCGUGCGCUGGUGCGAGAAGCGCAAGCACAAGGACCAAGAGUCCGGCUCCGGGUCCGGCAUCUCGCUGCCCUCGCUGCGGCGGGGCGUCGAUCCGCACAAGGCCUUCACGGGGCUCUUCAUCUUCGACUUUGAUGCCGAAGGGAGGAUACUGACGCACACCAUUGAGCAGGCCCAGGAAGGGGGCGACUGGGAGAAGGGCAUGGGCGCCAAGUUUGUCGGCUUGACGGAUUGGCUGCUGGGCGGCGGGAUGAGGAACUCGGGCGACACACCAAUACCCAUGUUUGAGAGCAAGCGCCGUUGGGAUUGCUGA